AUGAAGUGGUCCUUUUUCCUCCAAGCUCUGCCUCUGGCAGCAGCUGCAGCUGUCGGUGGUUCAAACCACUGCUCUCCCCACUAUCCUCACAGCGUCGUAAACGAGACCACUUGCGGCGGCACACGCUAUGCCUAUACCGGUCUUGAAGGCUACGGCUUCGUUGCUUCUAACGCCCGCGAUAAGUACGGCGACACUCUGGCUGGUCUCGGUAGCUCUGCAACCCUCGAGAAAGGCUCAUGGCGUAAGACAGGCAGGGACUCGUACUCGGGUAUCUUCUGGCUCCUGCCUGACCGUGGCUGGAACACAAACGGUACCCUCAACUUCAACCCCCGCAUCCACAAGUUCGAAGUGUCCCUCAAGCUAGCCCCCAAGGCCUCCGCGAAGAACCCUUCCAAGCCCAACAUGGACUUGAAGUACCUCGACACCAUCCUACUACAGGAUCCCAAUGGCGAGCCUCUGACUGGUCUCGACCCGGACUUUACCGGACAUGCUUCUUACAGGGGCUUCCCACCCCUCCCUGCGGCAACCUACGUUGGAAAUGGCUUCGGCGGCGAAGGCUCCGGUGAAAUGCAUGUGUCAGUCGACUCUGAGGGCCUGGUCAUUGACAACGAGGGUUUCUUCUGGGUCUCCGACGAGUACGGCCCGUACGUGUACCGCUUCAACAAGCAAGGCAAGAUGGUUCUCGCCCUGCAGCCCCCGAGUGCCUAUCUUCCACUCCGCAACAACAGCGUCUCCUUCAGUGCCGCCAGCCCCCCGCUCUAUGCCCCUGACAAAAUGCCUAUCCCAGAGGACACCGACACCGGCCGCAAUAACAACCAAGGCUUUGAAGCCCUCACCCUCUCCGAAGAUGGCAAGACACUCUACGUUAUGAUCCAGUCUGCGCUUAACCAAGAGGGCGGCCCCAAGAAGAAGAACCGUCAGCCCGUGCGUGUCCUCGAGUAUGACAUCUCGAAUCCCAGCAAGCCUCGCUACACUCACGAGUACGCCGUCGUCCUCCCCAAAUACGUCGACUACACAGACAAAGACCUUGACGAGAAAGUUGCCUCGCAGUCCGAGAUUCUCCAGCUCCCGGGAACCGGCGACUUCCUGAUCCUCUCCCGAGACUCGGACUUCGGGCACGGUCACGAGGAAUCCCUCUCCGUGUACCGCCAAGUUGACAUCUUCUCAAUCUCUUCCGAGACCACCGACCUCAAGGGCGAAAAGUAUGAUUCUGUCGGCGGGAGCAUUGGAGACUCAAAGGGAAAUCUGAACAGCGAUAUCACGCCGGCCGAGUACUGCCCAUUCUUGGACUUCAACGUCAACUCGGAGCUAGCCAAGUUCGGGCUGCACAAUGGCGGGGAGCAGGAUGCUGGGCUUCUCAAUGAAAAGUGGGAAGCGCUUGUUCUUGUUCCGGUUGAGCCUGAUGCUCCUAGGAAGAAGGGGGAGAAGAAGGAGUACUUCCUCUUCACUUUCAGUGAUAAUGAUUUCAUCACGCAAGAUGGCGCCAUGAACUUCGGGAAGCUGCCCUACUCGGACGAGUCCGGCUUCGACCUUGACAGUCAGGCCCUCGUCUUCAGAGUAGAAUUUUAG